UCCUCGUCUACUGCCCACCCGUCUGCCAUAGGCACUGACACCCAACCCAGAACGUCCAAUGCGUCUUCCACCGAAGCCUCAACUCAACCAACGUCUGAACCCCUUACCGACAGUCAGCUUCCGCCGCAAAGACACGCGGGAGCUAUCGGGCUCGGUCCCUUGUACGGACAGGGAGUAGGUCUUGGAGAAAAGCUCGGCGGCUUGCAAGAGGAGGUCAAGGGAAAGAUCACGAAGAACCCAGAACUAGUCGAACAUGGGCGUCAGCGGCGUACAGGGAUUUUGAAGAAGAAAGAGCAGGAACAGGAUGAUGAAGAAGACCCGUUCACAAACCCAGAAGAU